GGGUGCCAGUCUCUCCAUUCACUACUAUCACUGAAACUCAUACAGUGUUCAAGAAACUUUGUUAAAACAUUUCAUUCGAGUUUAUCAUAAAUGCAUGCGUGCUCACUCCUGUAAGAUCGUUUAAAAUGAAGUGCGCUCUUGGAGGUUACGUGCACCUCUGUGUGUGGAUUAUACACUUUCUUACCUUUCCAUUGGUUUAUGGAAGCCCAUCGAGGUUAAGUCUGUUUCAGGGCAAUCCCUAUUCAGGCUCGGUCUCACGACAAAGGAACAAAAACUGGUGCGCGUUCGUUGUGCACAGAAACGUGUCGUGCGCGGUGGUGGCGGCUACUGAAAACGUCAUGGAACCGCAUUUCGCGCCCUGCGCGCCGCAUCAGCCGGACUGUGCACAGCGGGUGAUGUAUCAUACUCGUUUGAGGACGAUAUACAAAGUAGGCUACAAACAGGUGACGGAGCUGGAGUGGAGGUGUUGCCCGGGGUUUCAGGGUCAUGACUGUACUGAACUGAAAGAUGCCCCACCAAGACCUCACGUCCUGGAGGAACCACGUCAGUCCAACAACGGGCAACAACAGAGCGUGCUUGGACCAGAGCUUUUCUCUGGGACACACCCAUGGGCACCUCAAGGGCACAGCGGACCGGCUGUUGAUCCCUUGACGCAGACAGGACAGCCCCCUCACGAGAGUCGCCGAGUUCAGGCGUUAGAGGAAGAAGUGGAACGUCUUACUCAGACAGUCCUUGACCUCCAAAGUGCUAUGACAUCGGCCAAUGCAAACCUGCGGAUGGAGUUACAGGAAGACGCCAGCAAGAUCAUCGAAAACAUGUUGGGGAACUUGCGACAACCGCAGGAUGUCAAGACGGGUGGAACUGAGAGCAUCUUGCUCCCAUACGACCUUCAUGAGUCACCCGGGGCAGAUGAGCUCCAGAAUCAAGUCACCCACCUCUCCAACACGAUCAAUGCCAAUACAAACAGCAUCCAAGAUCUGCACGUUCGGAUCCAGAACAUUGACGAACAGCUUCAUCAACUAACAGAGACGACCGCCUCGCAUCAACCUUCCUCCACAGCUUCACCCAAUGAGUGUCCAUGCCAGCCGCACAUAGAUGAGAAGCUUUCCGCCCUCCGUACGGAGCUUCUCGAAGGCAUGGACAUCAAAUUAUCCGACCUGAAGAAUGCGUGCGACUACAAGGUGAUGUCGGUUCAGGAGCAGUGCGAGGAACAAGAGACUUCAUACUUGAGCUUGGCAGAGCUUCUCGACUCCAAAGAGACCGAACUCCGCAAAGAGAUUCAAGACUUGCGUCUUCUUCUUCCAAACACAACCUCCUCCCCAGGACUGAACAAUGCUGAGGUCCAGAAGCUAAAAGACAACCAGCAGAUUCUGACCGACGCCAUCAGGCAACAGAACGCCACCCUUGAGCAGAUUGACGCGCAGGGACGUGUUCUGGAGAUGAGCGUAAAAGGUGCGGAGAAACUUUGCCUCAACCUUGAGGAGAAGUUGAGAGGUGAACGACUUAAAGAAGAGGAAGAACAAAACCAAGCAUUUGAAGAAAAGAUCAGUAAUGUGCAACGGAACGGAUCAGAUCAUGACCAGCGGCUGGAAGUCCUGGAGAGACGCUCGCACAUCCUGCAGGAUGAGUUGGGCACUCUUGCUCAUAAGAUGAACGCCGUCCCAGUUCUCAACCAGUCCCGAACUCUUGAGGGUCACAAUGAAAGUGUGCAGCAGAAGGCCGAGAUGCUGGAGGUGGAUUGCAGGCGAAGCCAAGAGCAGGUGGCAACGAUGACGGACUUGCUCAACGCCCUUGAUAGACGCGUGGCGAGCAUCGAGGGUGUUUGUGGCCGCUUCGAGCCGAUGUCAGACAGUCUGAAACGGAUUAAAGAUGGACUCAACAAACACGUGAACGGCCUGUGGACCUGCGUCCGCCAACUUAACAGCACAGUGCGCACACAUACGAGAGACAUUAACACGUUUAAAGGCAACUCGUCACGAUUCGGGCAGGACGGGAUCGGCACGACGCAAUAUACAGGUGUUCGUGAAGGUGCACCAGCUGUAAAUGUUCCCAUGGAAGGAGACCUGUCGCUCUCACAGCGGCCCGUGAUGAUGUCAGGGGAGGCGGGGCCUCCUGGAACCAAACUCUCAUUGCACGCCCCUCAGGGCACCAAUGGGAGCAUGACACCCGUUACGGGCUACGCCGGAGCACCUGGUUACCCACAGUUUCCUGCGGGCGGGCUCAGUCCAGAUUCUGUGUCCGCACAGAUUCCGUUGAAGACGGUUCAAAUGGCCUCAGGUGAAGUGCGAGCGAUGACACGCGUGUCGUUUUCGGCCGGUCUGACACUUCUGCCGUUUCCUGGUGAAAUCGCCGUCAUUCGAUUCAACAACGUUCUCUUAAACGAUGGAGGACAUUACGACCCGAAAACAGGCGUGUUCACAGCACCAGUGGAUGGACGGUACCUGCUCAGCGCCGUCCUAACAGCACAGACUGGAGAGCGAGUGGAAGCCUAUCUCUCAGUAGGCAAUCGCAACAUCCAGAAGCUCUACACCGCUGGAGUGGGGGGCGGAGCCGGUGAGGGGUGUGUCUGUGGAGGGUCCGCCUCUGUAAAUCUUGCUCUUAAUCUGAAGCGAGGUCAGAGGGCGGGGCUUGUGCUGACCUCAGGGAAACUGGCGAUAUCAGCGUCCAGUGAAAUUCUGUCUUCAUUCAGUGGAGUGUUGCUUUACCCAACAGUGGCCAAACGAUAGCCAACGGCAACGCUG